GGCGCGGGGCUGCCAGCCCGUCCCGGGCGGGCCCUGGGCGGCCGCAGCCUGCCGGGCCGGGGGCGAGGCCUGCGGCGUGGCCUUUGGCCGGCCUGAGGGCAGCUCCUCCGACCGGGUCACAGCAGCCCCACGGCAAGGAUGUGUGCUUGGAAAGCCGGAACUGGGAGAGGGACCGGAGCGUGUUGGCUGGCAGCUGGCGGAACCAGCAAUCCAGUGGCUUAUCCUGCACCGCCUUUUGCAGCCUAAGAGCUCUGUACUACUGUAAACACUGGAGUUUGUAAGUCGGCCCCUAAGCAGAUUACCAUUGCUAAUUGGCUGGUGGGAAGUCAGAUCCCUCACUUGUGCUGCCGCCAGUGUCAAACGUGGGAGGCAGAGGAGCACUGCCGGAGCAUCCUUCCCACGCCCUGUCCGCAUGGGGAACAACAGCAGCUCCACGGUGGAUGAUCUGCAGGCCGUGGAGAUCCACCACUGGUACAAGAAGUUCAUGAAGGAGUGUCCCUCUGGGCAGCUGACAGAGCAUGAGUUUAAGCAGUUCUUUGGGCUUCGAGGGCUGGAUCCAGAGGCCAACGAGUACAUCGAGCAGAUGUUCCGCACCUUCGACAUGAACAAGGAUGGGUACAUUGACUUCAUGGAGUAUGUGGCUGCCCUCAGCCUGGUGCUCCGGGGGAAGAUGGAGCAGAAGCUGCGCUGGUAUUUCAAGCUCUACGACGUAGAUGGCAAUGGCUGCAUCGAUCGGCAUGAACUGCUCAACAUCAUUAAGGCCAUUCGAGCCAUUAACGGUGGUGACCAUGAAACCAGUGCAGAAGAGUUCACCAACAGAGUCUUCAACAAGAUUGACGUCAACGGAGACGGUGAACUUUCCCUGGAGGAAUUUGUGGAGGGAGCAAGGAAAGAUGAGGAGUUCAUGGAAGUCAUGAUGAAAAGUUUGGACCUGCAGCACAUUGUGGCCAUGAUCAACAACCGUCGGCACAGCAUGUAAAUGGAGCCGGCAGAGAAGAUGCUGUUGCCAGCAAACAGACAGAAGGGUGCCCACGGAGCAGGAAGCAGAGAGAAGCACUUUUGAAACCAAACAGCAUUUCAACCUACAUGAACAUGGAAGUAGGAGCAGAAAGAUUCAGCUGCACUUUGUGUCUCUUGAGACACUGUGUUUUGGUAUGCUUGGUUCUGAUUCUCUCUGCUGAAGCAGCUUGGUUCAAGAGCUAAAGGGAAAAAAGCCAGUCUGGUAGUGACAAACUUCUUGCCAGCUGUGCUGUUUGCACUUUUGAGUGAUCAAAGAUCCCUUAACCAAACAAGUCAACAGUGCAGCUUCUCCACAGCAGCUACUGCAAGCAGAGACAAUCUGCUGCUCAGCUUCCCAAAGCUGGAAAAAUCCUUUUUUCCCCCCAACUCAUUGCCCUACUGCUCUUAUACAGCUGAAUAAAUGAAGUACAGGAAGAUCAGCCUAAGAGUGUUCAGCCAAUUGGCAGUGCUGUGGUGCAUGAGUCUGAAGGAUGGGAUGGGAGCCAUCCAGAGGGACCUGGACAGGCUGGAGAGGUUUGCUGAAGAAAGGCUCAUCCAGUUCAGUAAGGCCAAGUGCGAGGUCCUGCACCUGGGCUGGGGCUGUCCUCACAGGCUGGGGGAGGAGUUUGAGAGCAGCCCUGCAGAAAAGGACUUGGAGGUGCUGGAGGGUGAGAAGCUGGACAGGAGCCAGCAAUGGGCACUUGGAGCCCACAUGGCCAAUGGCAGCCUGGGCUGCAUCCAAAGCAGCAUGGCCAGAGAUGGAGAAAGAGGAUUCUGCCUCUUUGCUCUGCUCUGGGGAGACCUCACCUGCACUGCUGUCUCCAGCUCUGGAGCCUUCAGCACAGGAAGGACAUGGACCUGAUGGAGCAGGGCCAGAGGAGGCCAUGAAAAUGAUCAGGGAGCUGGAGCAGCUCUACUGUGAGGCCAGGCUGAGGGAGCCUGGAGAAGAGAAGGCUCCAGGCAGAGCCAAGAGCAGCCUGCCAGGACUCGAAGGGGGCUGCAAGAAGGCUGCAGAGGGACUGUUUGCAAAGGCCUGCAGGGACAGGACAAGGGCAAUGGUUUGAAAUGAGAGCAGAGCAGAUUGAGACUGGAUGUGAGGAAGAAGUUCUUUAGCAUGAGGCUGCUGCAACAGGCCACCAGCACUCCCCUUCUGCCAGGCAGCUCUCCAGCCAAGCCUCCCCCAGUUCUAAACAGUUUUCGUAGUUCUAAACAAUCUUAGCCUGGAUAUCAAAAUUCAUACAGAUUAUUGACUUUGCAUAAUUCCAUCACAAUGACAUUGACAAAGAAAUUGAAGCACUGUAGGGGUGUUGCUAAGCUCUGCAAGAAAAAAUCAAUCACACACUGAAAUAUGACAGAGAGAAAGCUGAGUUUCCUUCUCCAGUCUCAAUAACCACCAAGUGUGGGGUUUGUUUACAACCACCUCGGCUUCCUAAAGCUUUGCUUUACUAAGCAAUUCUAAACAGAAAGCUUUUCCUUAGAUCUGUUCAUCGUCCACUUACAAGACAAACUGAAAGCUCUGGGUUGUUCUCUGCUGUUCCAAUUCCAUGAAGAUCUGGAAUAAAGAAAGGAAUCAUUUAAUAAACAGGAAA